AUGGGGAAGUUCAAAAAGCUCCGAGAAUUGGCUAAAGAAGAGAAAAUGGAAGUGGACAGCGGAGAGGAGGAAGGAACUGCCACUGAUGAGGAGACUUCUGAAGACGAGGGAAUGACGGUCGAAGAGAAAGCCGAGGAGAAGAAGCGAGCUCUUCUGUGGACGAAUCGAGAGCGAGUGUUGGUUCUUUGUUCUCGUGGUGCUGACGUUCGCACGAGGCAUUUGAUGAAUGACAUUAAGGUUUUAUUGCCUCAUGCAAAAGGGGAUUCAAAACUUGAUAAGCAGAAGUCUUUGGUUGUCAUCAAUGAAAUUGCCGAGAUGAAAAACUGCACGAAAGUCCUAUAUUUUGAAAGUCGGAAGCACAAGGACGUUUAUCUAUGGAUGAGUAAUGUUGAUAAUGGUCCUUCCGUAAAAUUUCUUGUGCAUAAUAUGCAUACAAUGAUGGAAAUGAAAUUGUCUGGUAAUUGUUUAAAGGCUUCCCGCCCAAUUCUUUCAUUUGAUAGUCGAUUUGAUGAAGAGCCGCAUUUGACGCUCAUAAAGCAUGCUCUUAUGCAGGCCGGCAAAGUGGAUGUCAGGCUUAACGAAUGUGCAAGCUUCGCAUGCCCUAAGAAGCACAUACGAAGUUAUUACGCAUCCGCGCAGCCAGCCAUUCUUCGAUCACGUGUUCUCUUUCUCUGUGACGCCAGAUCUGAAGAUAUGGUUCCGGAAUUUUCAAAUAGUCGACGAAACUCUUCCAAUUGCAGGAGAUUGGGCCCCGAUUCGUUUUGGAAACUAUACGAAUAUUCGCCGGAUCUUUCGAAGGAGCAGUGUUAUACGACAAUCCAGAUUACGAAAGUCCAAAUGCAAAACGAAGAGCUAUCAAAUUGCUCAGCAAAGGGAAAUAUAUUGAGAAACAAUUGUCGAAAAAGGUGGGCUGCACUUUCCAAAGCGCAACAGAUCAAGGAAGUGAUUGCUGAGAAGGUCGAAGAUCCCGUUGGAGAGGUGUUCGAAAUAAAGGACGAGCCUUUGGACGAAGAUGCGAAAAGGAUAGUAUCGAUGAUCGAAAAGAAAAAGAAGAAGAAAAAGGUUGUCAAAAAGGCGAAGUACACAGGAGCAACGGUGGCGUAA